AUGGAGAAGUUACCAAAAUCAAUAAAGUCUAUAUUUUCCAAUCAAGGCUCUGUAGAGAAGACAUCUCAAAAUCCGUCUUCGCCCACAUUUGGGGCCCUUUCAAAAAAAUCACUCAGUGGCCUUAUCAAGUCCCAUCUUCCUAUGAGCGGAAGCUCUGGAUCACCGCCAGUUUUCCCAGUCAGUGAUGUGGAAUCAGCAUCUCCAAGAAGCUCGGAGCUUAACGAAACCUCCCCGACAGCUUCCCCAAUUAUUCCAACAUUAACGCCGUUAUCUUUAAACCCACCAAAUAUCUCGUUUUCAAUAACUGCCAACGAUAAUAAUGAACUAAACGAACCGUCAAAAUAUGAAGAGGGGGGUUCCAAGGAUUCGUUUUCAGAUUCCGAUGAUCAUGACGAAGACCAAGACCAAGACGUGACUAAAAAAAUAAAAAAUCCAUCUGUUGCAAGAGUUCACUCCCACAUGAGCCACGCUGAUGCUCAAUCUAUAAUUGGUGGCAUUUCUAUUGAUGAAGAUAGCAUUGUAGCCGAAGAACACACACACAUUCACGAUCCUGCAAGCAAUAGAAAUACAUUUUCAUUCUCUCUUCCAUUCAGCAACCCGCUGGCUGGGUUUAAGCUUCCUUCUUUUUUCUCCAAUCAACCUCAAGAUGAUGAAGCAAACAUUUCAUCUCGUGAAAAUUAUCUGACUGCUCAACAUGAAAUCGGGGAUUUGUUGCACCGUCAAAUGUCUGUGACAUCGCUCCAAGAAGAUUUGGCUUAUAAUACAGUUAAGGAACAAGAUAAUUCUCGGUUACGAGCAGUUAAACGGGCAUUGACACCUAGUAUAAUUUCUUCAAAUAAACCCUCCGAGCCUUUGUUGACGGAUUUCAAAGGUACCAUUGUAAUUAUGGGGGGAUAUCGUGGCUCUAUUUUGAGAGAUAAGUCGACUGGUCGACGAGUAUGGAUACCUCUUAAAGCUGGGUUUAACCUUCGAAAAAUUGAUUUGACUGUAGGAAUCAAUGAUGAAGACGAAUAUGAAAUGGAGAAUAAAAUAUACCCCGAUGGAAUGCUUACUCAUAUAGGCCCUGUGGAUAUUGCUCGAAAACUCAUUAAGCGACUUCGCGCAAUCCCUGAUUGCCAAGUAUAUGAAUUUGGUUAUGACUGGCGUCUUUCAUGUGACAUUAUUAGCGAAAAGCUAACGACUUUUAUAAAGGAAUUGCCUUCCCCGCCAAUUAUUAUCGCUCAUAGCAUGGGUGGGUUAAUUGCUCAUCAUGCAAUGAACAAAGACCCUACUAUUGUUAGAGGAAUACUUUAUGCUGGAAGUCCUUCCCAAUGUCCCAAUAUUUUAGGUCCCUUGAGAAAUGGUGACUCCAUUUUACUUUCUUCCAAGAUUUUGACGGCACAAGUAAACUUUUUGAUGCGUUCUUCUUAUGUUUUUUUGCCAUUGAGCGGAAGAUGUUUUGUUAAUAAAAAGGAUCAUAGAAUCAAGUACGAUUUAGAUUUUUUCGAUGUCAAUACUUGGAUUCGCUACGAGUUGAGUCCCCUGGUAACUCCUUCGCGAAAAGACUUGCCAAAAAAUGUUGAAGAAAAAGGCAAGAAUUCAUUUCAUCCUGGUCACAAGAGAACUCAAUCGGAUUCUUUCAUAGCUCCAGAUCAGUUGCAUAUUUCAUAUGAUGAUGCUGUGAGAUAUCUCGAUCGUACGUUAAAGCGCACCAAAAAGUUUUUAAAGGAAUUAGAGUUUGAAGAGUCCAAGGCUCAUCUUUACCCCCCUCUUGCAUGCUUAUACAGUUACUGUGUCCCAACACUUAAGGGAGCUUUGGUUGACUCUAAAGAAGAUAUUAGUACAGACACUUAUGAAAACUUUUUGUUUGGGCCUGGUGAUGGUGUUGUUUACUACAAGUGGGUAAUGCCGGAGCCAAUGGGAUUUGAAGUUGUUGCCAAAAUCCCAACCGAAAACGGGCAUGUAUCGCUUUUGACUGAUGUGGAUGCAGUACUGCGAGCUCUUGAUGCAAUUCUCAAAAACGAAAAAGAACGCAAAUCACGACCCGAGUCGGCAGAAACUACUAGCAAGGUUCCUGGAAGUCCCGGUGAUUAG